AGCAGUUGAUUGGAACUUGUGUCAUGUAAAUAUACCACAUUUUCAGCGAUUUGUUGCUUGCGCAGGCAUGUGUGCAAAUAUUUGCGCAGACCGCUACUUGCGGUUGGUUAGGCGUUCAGAUUGAAAAUGGCCAGGAAAGGUGGUAGGGUUUUAUUGGGUUUCGAAGAUGAGAUAAUCACAGAAAAACACAAGUCUUUUGUUAAUUUUACAACAAAUAAAAUCGGUGGUAAACCGGAUUGGCCAUGCGAUGGAAUUCCGACUCCGUCGUGUCAGUUGUGUGGUCUCGUACUUCCACUGAUCGUACAGAUUUAUGCUCCCCUCGAAAAUUCUCCGUACCACAGAACUUUAUAUAUUUUUGGUUGCAUAAAUCCAAACUGCUGGAAUCAAAGCGAAAGCUGGAUCUGUGUGCGUAGCCAAACAGUUGAUACUGCUUCUGAUCCUGGUGUUGCCUCACCGGCAGUCACUGUCAAUACUGGAACUACUACUGACUGGUGCCAAGAGGCUGAUGAUUGGGAUGAUGACAACAAUGUUAAUAACAAUGAAGAAAAUGGUAAUGUAAUAGCUUGCAUAAAAAAUGUGGAGAGCUGUGAACAUGUGCCAGAUGAUGAUAAUGAAAUGGAAGAUAAUCAGUGUGACUUGAGAAUGCAGCUUGGGAAUCUGAACCUCGAUGAAAGGAAUGCCAAUUGUGGAGAACUGAAGGGCGGAGCAGGAAUUCAGGAAGGAGGAGCUGUUGGAUGUCUCAUUUCCCCAGCAGCUACAGCAGAGAUUGAAGGAGAUGAAGGUGAAGUGGUCAGCAUCGAUACACCGACAGCCCCUCAACAUGACCUUAUAGCAUUGCUGCAAGAAACAGCACCUUUGCCAGCAGUUCUCAGAAACUCAAGUGAAGCAAGUGGACAACGAAUGCCAUCAUCCUGUUCACUUGAAUUUACUCCCUACUUCAUAAGUGUUGAUGAGGAGAAUUUGGGUGGUUCGCCAUCAAUUACACCUCUUUCAGAACAUGUCCGAGAAUUGUUGCAAGAGUAUCAGCAAAAUAGUGAGGAAGGUUCAUUUAGUCCAGAGCAAGAAAAAAUGGUUUCCAUGGGUCAAGGUGACCAGUUAACACAAGAAAAAUAUGAAAAAAGUAUUCCAGCCCAUGGCGAUAAAAUGUUCCAUCAGUUCCUGCUUCGCAUACAGCGUAAUCCAGGUCAGAUUAUAAGGUAUUGCCGAGAAGGUGGUGGGCCAUUAUUGCUGCAGCCAAUGAAUGAAUCGCCAGCAAGGUGUUCACAUUGUCUUGGUGAUAUGAUGUUUGAGCUGCAGCUGCUACCUACACUGAUUCCUCGACUACGUUUAACAGUAGCUUGUUCAGGAGAAGGUGUGUCUUCAAGUUCCCAUGUAGAAUAUGGAACUGUGCUUAUAUUUACGUGUCGUCGCAGUUGCUGGUCCGCUGGAGACUCAUUCCGCAGUGAGCGCAUCAUUGUUCAGUCUGAAAAUGUCAUUUAGGAAAACAGGUUUAGCACUGUAUAGUUUUGACAGGCAUUCUUUUAUCUUUACACUUUGAGAGGUGAGGAAUACCUUUGCCAGACAGUGUUUUCCAGUCCUUCUCAAUGAACCUAGUCUACAUAAUAAUUCUUUAUCCAUUAUUUGUCAUUGGGUGUAAUCUGUUGCCAUAUGAAGCUGACUUUACUCUUUCUUUUUUUCCCUAGAUAAGUGAUAUCAUGAUAUUUAAUGUCCAGUAAAGUUUUCAGAAACAGUGGCUCAUAUACUCUCUGAUGAUGCAGCUGGGAGAGUAAGGGCAAAGUGAAGCAUGUCAGUGCAAGAGCCUGAUAUUGAGAUCUCAGACUGGAAGGUAUAAACAGAGAUAAUACCGACACAAAUAUUGGUAAAAAGUAUGUGCUACUACCUUUUAGUUGGAUGGGGUGGUUAAAAGUGUGUAUUUCUGGAUGUGACUGUUUUGUCAUAUCCAUAUACUGUAUUUGUUUUAAAGGAUCUGUCAGCACACAAGUUUUUACUUGUGCUUUGGUUUUUUCAAUCCAAGUGAACUCUAAAUCUAGUCCAAGUGAACUCUAAAUCUAGCACACUUCAGCCUUUUGAUUAGCUUGUUCACUCACAAAAAGUACUGUUUUAAAAUGACAUUAUUAUUGAAGUUUUUACAUAAGAAAUGCAUAUUGGAAUGUGUUCCCACAACUUAAAAGUAGAUGAAGUAUCCAAAAUAGUGUCUUUAUUGCUGUUUGCUUGUAGUGUGUCCCAUUUUUCCUUCUUCUUCUUCUUCUUCUUCUUUUGUAAUCUGUAGAUUCCAGAUCUGUAAAUUUCAGGAUACUUGUACAAUUAAUGUAUUAUUAGUAUUUAUAGUACAGUGUUAUGGAUUCUAAUUAUUGUCAGAAUGAGAUUUUCUUUAUGUUGUUGUGUUUGUUUGAAAGGUCAUUUUAAAAAGAAAUGAAGAACUGGACAUUCAUGCGAUUUUGCUAUUAUGUGAGCUGUGUGAAUUUUUUUUAACCAGCAAAUAGCAAUAAAUGUACUGUAGCUUAAUACAUAAUUAGUUUAUUCAUCUGUUUCAACAGUUCUGGCACUGACUCACUUGUCCAGCUGCAUGUAAAAUACUUUUCAAGAAAUAGAACAAGAUUUCAUGAGAGGUUUUUUCUUUAGAAUUUUUUUCUCAGAUGGAUUAAUAAUGUUUAAACAUCUAGGUAUUUCAUUCUGCAACAUAUUCAUGUAUUAGUAAUGAUCAACAGAAGUCAGUUUAUAUUUAUAAAGCUUAAAAUUCGUUAGGAAAGAAAAAAUGUAUAUUUAGACUUGCUAGAGUACCUGUUCUCCAUUUUAUUGAAUGGUAGCUAGAAUUUAAUGUUUUACUGACUGAAUGGGUGGAUUUUUGUCUGAUGUCAAUCCCUCCACAUAAUUGAAGGGCUUAAGAAAGUUUGUAAAUAAAUUGUAAAAGUGUUCAUUGUAUUAUCUUGAGGAUAAUAGACUCGAAAAGCUACCUGAAGGAAGAAAUCAGUAAUGCACCAAACUUGAAUGAACAAAUUCAAGUGCUGCACUGAUGGACAAUGGGAACUUAAGUGCAUUAGAAAAAUAAUGAUUUUAGUGCACAAAAUUUUUCCACGAGCUUCAGAAUGAUCCUUGAUGACUUGUCAAAUAUUGCUUGACAACUGUAAAAGUGCUCAACCUGUUGUAACUAUACUGUGAUGUAUAAUAAACAUCUAGGGAGCGUAAGAAACACGUCUAGUCAAAAAAAACCUAGAUCGUACUGCAAAAGGAUCAUUGUGGGAGGAGCUAUAUUGAUAAACUAUGAAUUUUAUGUAUGUAACUAUAAUAUACUAGACAAGUAGAAGGCCCUUUGGCACAUGAAAGUGAUAGUGAAAUUGGUAAUUUAUGAAAGUAUACCAAAAAAUAUUAUUAUAUAGCAGAAACAAUAAUAUUUAUCUUUUUAAUUGAAAUAAUAAUAAUAACCUGUAAUCAGACAUUGUUGCUCAUAUUGAAAGUUGUUGGAUACAGAAUUCUAACAUUUUGUUUGCAUUGCUCUGAUACAUGUUACCAAUACAUUAGUUUUAAUAGGACUUGUUUGACAUUAUGUGUUGGCAUCUUAUUUUAGUUGCAGCACAGAUGUUAAGACUUUUGCUUUUGUGUGGAACUAAUCAUUCCAGUUUUUAUAGGUAUGCACAAUCACAUGAAGAUCAGAUAUUUUUAACAAUUUCGUGUGUGGAUGGUUGGGGAGGGAGGAAGAGUUAAAUAGUUUCUCUUUUAAACCCCACUACUCAAAUCUCUCUUAUAGUUGUUGAUAUGAAAUACUUUAAUUACUCUCUGUUUUGUACAAUUUGACACAAUUAGUAGAUAUCUGGUUGUCUUUUAAAGAAAAGACAUUACAAUUUGUUUGAACAUAUCUAAAACAAGAUUUUAUUUCUUGGUAGUUAUGGAAUCUUUAUGAUCAUUGCAUAGAUGGUUUUAUUUUUGAUGUGGUUUAAGAGAUGUUACCAUAAUUGUCUUCUUUAUCAGUAGUGAGUUCGUAUCAUGGAAAAUAAAAAUUUAAAGACUGCAACAUUUUUCAUGUUUAGUAAAUACAAUGCUCUUCACGGUGAUACUGAUCAUCACAAUGUUUGUUUCACAUUUUGGCUUCCUUUUCUAUGUCGUAGUACUAAGCUUUACUUUCAGUGCCAUAUAACAUUUAUAAGUAGAAAUAUUUUAUCCAGGAAACUAAUUUAACUGUUUUUGUAAAUUCAGUGCUUGUGAUAGUGGUCUUCUGUCUUGCUUCAGCAAAUGUCUGUCACUACUCCUGAUGCAGUAAAUGAAAAGGUCUAGAUUUAAAAGGGGAGUAUCUGUAAGUUUUCUUUAAAUAAAAUCUUAGUGUAAAAUUUUAAUUUGUGUGGCAGUACUGACUGAGUCAAGUCUUUUGUAUGACAGCUGGCAUGCUCGCAGUUUCUCGCGCAUAUUUAUUGAUAACAUGCUGAUGAAAUUUGUCACCUGUAAGCAGCAAGAAUGAGAUAUUACUUUGCAGAUCAGAUCUAUAUUUUAUUCUUUUAAAGCAUUUCAUAGUUACGCAAUAAUUUGUCAAACAUCAUACUUACCACCCUCUUUGUGACUUAAUAGUAGAAGUUAGAUAGUUGUUAACAUAGUAUUUAACGUGGUGAGUGGUAGCGAGAAAAGUUAAGAUUGUGGUUAGGUUAAUUAAACACUGUAAGAAUUGGAGACUGUAAGUGACUGCAGGACAAAAAGUAUAAAUAGCAUAGAUUUUUUAAAUAAACACUCCAAAUACCAUAUGAAAAUGAAACUAAAAUUUUUAUUCGGGUUUAAAUGCGUGUGUUUGCUAAUGAUUGAAACACCAGUAAUUGAGCAGUCCUAGAAGGAAAAUAAAAAUGUGAAAUGAUUGGAAACAGGAGUCUUAAGACAUUAUAACUAAAAUUACAGAACAUGCAGUGCACAUUGUUGAACUAAUAGCGGUAUGGGUGUGUGUAGCUCCUACAUAUGUUUUGUUGUGCGGCCUGAAACACUAAUCAUCAUCAUCCUACAUAUUUUGUCUCAGAUGCUCAACUUGUAUAAUUUAAAAUGUCACACCUUCGCCUUAAAUAAUGUCUCGUAAUCUACAUUUAUGAUUUCUUACUUGAUGAGUCUGUUUUUUACCGCUCUGUAUCUCAAUUUUACUCUGCACAUUAGCAGUCAUUUGUAAUGCACAACUGAUUUAUGUCCACAACAUCCAGUACAGUUUCUUUCUUGGUUGAUGAAGUUUAGUGAAUUUCAUUUUUAGUUCCAUUUGGUCCUUGUCAAGUCCAGUUCUGUUUUCUUUUACAGUAAUGUGUUAAGGACAAACAUAUUCAUCUUCUCAACAAAUUCUCCAAGUCUAUGACCUGUGUCAGUUCUAGUAUCAUCCACAAAGUUGCCGACUGAAGAAUCAUUUUUUAAAUUUUUAUGUUGUUCUUACAUACGCUCUAAUUUGAAUUCUAUUUGGUCUUCAUUUUUACUGCACUUCUGACAACCAUAUUAUAUCCUAUUUGAUAUCAUUUACUUUUCUUCCAGCUAUCUUCAUUUCCUAAAGUUUUGCCAUUUAUUGUUCUUAAUAUACAGUGAAAAAUCAGUUAAAAGCCCAAAAAUAGUUAUCAUUAAAAACUUUUUUAUAUUGAGAAUUAUGUAGAUGUUGGAGAACAGCUUUCGGUCUUUGUAGCUCAAAACAGUUUUUUUUUAGGUGGAACUAACCCAGAAUCAUCACCUAAAACCAUUUUUUUUAUGGCCUGAGUAUGUUGACUAACUGAGAAAAUAUUAUUUCCUUAGGGGGAGAAGAACAUAUUCAUAUACUAAUACAAUAUAACAGCAAGGUUUAGUGGCUAUCAGUAGUAACUUUAAACAGAUAAUAUGCAUUACUGUAGUAGUGUACUCCUAACUGUAAAAAACCAAAUGAGGUGGCACAGUGAUUACCACAUUGUUGUUGUUGUUGUUGUUGUUGUCUUCAGUCCAGAGACUGCUUUGAUGCAGCUCUCCAUGCUACUCUAUCCAUCCUUUUCAUCUCCGAAUAACUACUGCAACCUACAUCAUUCUGAAUCUGCUUAGUGUAUUCAUCUCUUGGUCUCCCUCUACGAUUUUUACCCUCCACGCUUCCCUCCAAUUCUAAAUUGGCGGUCCCUUGAUGCCUCAGAACAUUUCCUGUCUUCUAGUCAUGUUGUGCCACAAAUUCGGCUUUUCCCCAAUUCUAUUCAAUACCUCGUCAUUAGUUACGUGAUCUACCCAUCUGAUCUUCAGCAUUAUUCUUCAUCACCACAUUUCCAAAACAUCUAUUCUCGUCUUGUGUAAACUAUUUAUCAUUCAUGUUUCACUUCCAUACAUGACUACACACCAUACAAAUACUUUCAGAACAGACUUCCUGACACUUAAAUCUAUACUCAUUGUUAACAAAUUUCUCUUCUUCAGAAACACUUUCUUUGGCAUUGCCAGUCUGCAUUUUAUAUCUUUUCUCCUUCGACCAUCAGCAGUUAUUUUUCUCCCCAAAAAGCAAAACUCAUUUACUACUUUAAGUGUCUAAUUUCCUAAUCUAAUUCCUUCAGCAUCAACUGAUUUAAUAAGACUACAUACCAUUGUCCUCAUUUUGCUUUUGUUGAUGUUCAUCUUAUAUCCUCCUUUCAAGGCACUGUCCAUUCAACUGCUCUUCUAGGUCCUUUGCUGUCUCUGACAGAAUUGCAAUGUCAUCAGCAAAUCUCAAAGUAUUUAUUUCUUCUCCAUGGAUUUUAAUUCCUACUCCAAAUUUUUCUUUUGUUUCUUUUACUGUUUGCUCAGUAUACAGCUUGAAUAAUGUCGGGGAUACGCUAGAACCCUGCCUCACUCCCUUCCCAACCACUGCUUCCCUUUUGUGCCCCUUGGCUCUUGUAACUGCCAUCUAGUUUCUGUACAAAUUGUAAAUAGCCUUUUGCUCCCUGUAUUUGACAGCUGCCAUCUUCAGAAUUUGAAAGGGAGUAUUCCAGUGAACGUUGUCAAAAGCUAGAAAUGUCAGUUUGCCUUUCCUGAACCUAUUCUCUAAGAUAAGUCGUAGGAUCAGUAUUGCCUCACGUGUUCCAAUAUUUCUAUGGAAUCCAAACUGGUCUUCCCUGAGAUCAGCUCCUACCAGUUUUUCCAUGUGUCUGUAAAGAAUUCGUAUUAGUGUUUUGCAGCCGUGACUUAUUGAACUGAUGGUUCAGUAAUUUUCACAGCUGUCACCACCUGCUUUCUUUGGGAUUGGAAUAUAAUAUUCUUCUUGAAGUCUGGGGGCAUUUCCCCUGUCUCAUACAUGUAGCUCACCAGGCGGAAGAGUUUUGUCUAGGCUGGCUCUCCCAAGGCUAUCAGUAGUUCUAAUGGAAUGUUGUCUACUCCUGGGGUCUUUUUUCGACAGGUCUUUCAGUGGUAUGUCAAAUUCUUCACACAGUAUCAUAUCUCCCUUCUCAUCUUCAACUACGUCCUCUUCCAUUUCCAUAAUAUUGCCCUCAAGUGCAUUGUCCUUGUAUAGACCCUCUAUAUACUCCUUCCACUUUUCUGUUUUCCUGUCUUUGCAUAGGACUGUUUUUCCAUCUGAGCUUUUGAUAUUCAUACAGGUGGUUCUCUUUCCUCUAAAGGUCUCUUUAAUUUUUCCCUGAGGCAAUAUCUAUCUUACCCCCUAGUGAUACAUGCUUUUAUAUCCUUACAUUUGCCCUCUAGCCAUCCCUGCUUAGGCAUUUUGCUGUCGAUCUCAUUUUGGAGAUGUAUGUAUUCCUUUUUGCCUGAUUCAUUUACUGCAUAUUUAUAUUUUCUCUUUUCAUCAACUAAAUUCAGUAUCUCUUCUGUUACCCACGGAUUUGCACUAGCUCUCGUCCUUGUAUCUACAUGAUCUUCUGCUGCCUUCACUAUUUCAUCUCUCACGGUUACCAAUUCUUCUUCUAGUGUAUUUCUUUCCCCUGUUCUUGUCAGUCUUUACCUAAUGCUCUCUCUGAAACUAUCUACAGCCUCUGUUUCUUUCAGUUUAUCCAGGUCCCAUCUCCGUAAAUUCCCACCUUUUUGCAGUUUCUUCAGUUUUAAACUGCAGUUCAUAACCAAUAGAUUGCGGUCAGAGUCUACAUCUGCCCCUGGAAAACCUAGUUCCCGAAUCUCUGUCUUGUCUUACCAUUAUAUAAUCUAUCUGAAACCCUCCAGUGUCUCCAGUCCUCUUUCAUGUAUACUUAUUCUUAAGUGAUUCUUGAACAAACUGUUAGCUAUGAUUAAGUUAUGCUCUGUGCAAAAUUCUACUUGGUGGCUUCCUCUUUCAUUCCUUGCCCCAUUCCAUAUUUACCUAAUACUUUUCCUUCUCCUCCUUUCCCUACUAUCAAAUUCCAGUCCCCCAUGAUUAUUAAAUUUUCGUCUCCCUUCACUAUCUGAAUAAUUUCUUUAAUUGCAUCAUACAUUUCUUCAAUCUUUCCCUCAACUGUGGAACUAAUUGGCAUAUAGACUUGAACUACUGCACUAAGCAUGGGUUUUGUGUCCAUCUUGGCUACAAUAAUAUGCUCACUAUGCUGUUGGUAGUAGCUUAUCUGCAUACCUAUUUUUUAUUCAUUAUUAAACCUACCCUUGCAUUACCCUUAUUUGAUUUUGUAUUUAUAACCCUGUAUUCACCUGACCAGAAGUCUUGUUCCUCCUGCCCCAAACUUCACUAAUUUCCACUAUAUCUAACUUUAUCCUAUCCCUUUUUAAAUUUUCUAACCUGCGUAUGUGAUUAAGGGAUCAGACAUUCCAUAUUCCAGUCUGUAAAAUGCCAGUUUUGGUUCUCCUGAUAAUGAUGUUUUCCUGAGUAGUCCCCGCCCAGGUAUCCGAAUAGGGGACUAUUUUACCUUGCUAAUAUUUUACCCAAGAGGAUGCCAUCAUCAUUUAACCAUACAGUAAAGCUGCAUGCCCUCAGAAACAUAAUGGCUGUGGUUUCCCCUUGCUUUCAGCCGUUCGCAGUACCAGCACAGCAAAGUCAGUUUGGUUGAUGUUACAAGGUACUGCAAAGGCUGCUGCCCCUCUUCAGGAACCACACGUUUGUCUGACGUCUCAACAGAUGCCCCUCCAUUGUGUUUGCACCUAUGGUACGGCUAUCUGCGUGCUGAAGCAUGCAAGCCUCUCCAUCAUGGCAAGGUUCAUGGUUCAUUACCACACUGGUCUCAAAUUCGAGAGGAAGAUGGUUCAAGUCCCCAACUAGCCAUCCAUUUUUAGGUUUCUCAUGAUUUCUGUAAAUUGCUUAAGGCAAAUCUUGAGAUGGUUUCUUUGAAAGCGCAUGGCUGAUUUUCUUCCGCCUCCUUCCCUGAACUUGUGCUCAGUCUCUAAUGAAUGUUGAUGGAAUGUUAAACCCUAACCUUUCUUUAUACUAACUCUCUAAUCCAUUUCUCCCAUAAAUAGACAAUUUCUUUUCUUCAUUCUUUAUCCUUUUAGUCAAUUGCUCUCUUUAGAAUGUUACAUACUCCGGAAUCUUAGAAUCUGUGAUACUGAAUUGUUAUAUUUAAGUCCUGUACUUGUCAUACAACGUCAUUUUGAGCUAGCUAAAAGUUUUGCAUGUUUGUUCCGUUCUGUACCAUGAUUUUAAUUUCAGUGAAGAUGAACUAUUUUAUUAUCCACACAAAUAAUAUAUUCUUUUGUUUUAGAGUUACUUUUUCUUCACAUCCUGUUCUGUACUUAUAAUAUCUUUUGUUUUCUCUAAAUUACUUAUCAGUAUUUUGGUAACCCAGAACAACAGGUGAAAAACACUGCUGUAAUUUUUCAAAUCUGUUAAUUAAAAUCAAUGCUAAAAAUGUUGUUAGCCUGUCGUAUUUACAUAAUUAUGCAAAGUGAGUACUGAACAUACUUAAAAAAAAUUAAUACCUGUGAUAAAAUUGGAUUGUUUGACAUAGUUUAGUCUGUAACUCUCUUUGGUAAAUCUUACCUCUGUUCCAAUGUAAAGCUUGUUAAUCAAUGCAUUUUGUAAGAGACAGGCAUAUUAUUUAUUUGUAAAGGAUAAAGAGUAAAACAAAUAGUUUAUAAUAUUCUGAUCAAAGUCUAUGUUAAAAAUUAUUAUUAAUAAAUUGUUUACAUUUCAUGCUCUGUUGAUUAAAUGUUAAUGUAAGUUUGAGAGAUGAACUUACAGACAUUUCCCUUUCUUGAAGUAGUUGUAACUAGGCAACAGACAGUGAAUAUGCUGUUUAAUUUUAAAUUGUAAAGAAAGAAAAGGGAAAAGUAAGUUUUGUUCCAGUUUACUAUUGUACAUGAGAAUGUAAAUGAUUCACACAUUGUCCAAUACUCCCCCCAAAAUGUAACAUGGUGUAUUGUAGUUUGUAUUCAGUGUUUUUCUUAUUUUACUUAAUACCUGUUGUGUUUCAGUGACUUAAGGGACCAUUUACUUUGUUUUGUUUGCAUCCAGGCGUACAAUGAUCUCCAAAGUAUUUUAUUGUUUUGUGUAAGUAAAUUGCCUGAUGUACAUUGUUGUAUUUGUUUUGUGAAAUCAUUUCUAGUCACUAUGUUCCAUGUAUAUUUAUUUUUUGAUGAUAUUUCCAUUUUAUGUUUAUAUAUAAAAAAUAUUGUACAGAACAUUUAAUUGUGAAUUUCAGUGCAAUAAAUUACUUCAUGAUCCAUA